AUGGUGCACCUCCUUUGCGGGUUCGCGGCUUCGCUCAUUGUCGUCGCGCUGCCCAUUUCCUUGGUCUUUUUCCCGAAAGAGUACCACCCAGAAGGAGAAUCCGAGGGCGGCGAGUAUGAUGUUAGUCCGGGACCACAGCUGGACGCGACCGCUGGGGCCGAUGGUGAUCAAGCAGACCUUCUUCCGGCCGACCGCCCGAAUCCACCGCCGGCGAAGAAAGAAAAGUACUGGCUGCUUCCCUGGGAUUUUGCACGAAAAGGCACGCUGUCAAGUGUGUGUCAGCGAGGCGAUAGCACGGAGGGUAAGAUUUUCACGACCGGUCUGGUGAUAGCUGAAAUUUGCGUACUGCUGUCGCGCUACACACUGAUCGUGUACGAUCGUAGCUGCAGCGGGUUGAGCAACGAGGACGUCAAACUUGACGUCAUUUCCACCGAGUCUUUUACCGAUCUGGCGCUUCGUGUGGUUUGGCUGAUCGUUCCGCCUGUCCUCAUGAUCAUCACGGCUGCGGUGCCGAGCAACAGUUUCAGGACGAACGCUCCGAACGCAGCACCGACGACGACGGCAGGACAGGCAGCAGGUUCGGGAAGUAGCAACGACCGAAAUCGGGUUUCGGUGAUACAUGAGGAGCAUACUCGGAGUUGGUCGCAGGCGCUUCAUAGAACUGUUCUUGCCGCGAUGGGGCUCCGCUUAAUUUUCGAAACGCGGCAAUUGUUUGAAGAAGGUAUGGACAUCCCGGCGGUUCUGUUUGGGGUAUCAGAUCCACUGGAUGAGAAGGAGUUAGCAUUCUGGGUCAGCGCGGGCGACCAACAAGUGGUGAGGCGAUGCACGGACCCAAGAGCGCGGACUUUCUGGAUACAGGCGUAUCGGGGCUAUCAUUUGGGUCGAGUGGUGUGCCUCUUUCUCGGGUGGCUCUUUUCACUACUUUUCUCGGUCCUGGUCUUCACCGCCGACCGCUCGGCUGACGACCAUCCAGACGGUGUUGUGGCCUAUCUCGAAGGCGGGCGUCUGGUUCCACACUCGGCGAGCCUGAUUCUUCCGCGCCUCGCGUUUACGACCGAAAUUCUUGCCAUGCUCACGGUGCAGGUGCUGCCCCUCUGGCCCGUUCUUCUGAAGGUAAUGCGGUACUUUGCAAACGUCGCGUCCUGGAUCCCGCCACUGACGCCGUUCGCAACUCUGCGGGAAAUUUCGUACUGGUUUGUGGCUUUGGAUCUGCCAAAGUGCGGUCAUUAUUUUGAUGCGCAAAAAAAUUGUGAAAAGCCUAUGGACAAGAUAUCUUCAUAUGUCGCGCCCACUUUUAACACAUCUUCUGUCUCCUGGUGGGAGCAUAGCUGGAUAGUAUAAAUGACGGUCGUGGGUGCGAAGGCCUUUGGGCCGUGCCGAAAGGAAAGAGACCGCGCUUCAAAUGGAAGAAGUCGUCGGCAUACCGCUGCGGGCGGACGAU